UUUGUGCUAAAUGUGUCUUACCUUGGAGAAAUAUUUCUUUAAAGUUUGUAUUUUCGCGCUGUUUCGGCUUUCAAACCGUGGGCACCAAUUUUAAAUCAGCGGUCUUCCAAAUGAGCCUGUGACGUAUGUUAUGGGGAUCACUUUAGAACGUGUUAUCGUUCAGCUAAGUUUUAAUACAAAUUGCGUCUUCGUCGACCCUUCGUUAUGAGCGGAAUAGAACCAUUUCAGUUCGAACCAGUAUAUCAGCCUGGAGAAGAACCACCUCAGGAAGAGAGUGUAGGACAGGAGGUAGAAGCCCACGAAGAAGACAAUACUUCGAGGAUGGGAAACACCGAAUGGUGUUUGUGCGGCGCUUGUGCGCUUAUGCCGGUGGCAAAUGAAUGUUACUGCUGCCAAGAACUAGAGGAGCUUAAUCAAAAGUUCGACAAUUCAGGUGUUAGAUGUAUAACAGAACAUCCGAAAUUUGGUAUUGUAUGCCUGGACACGGAUGUUUUGAGCACGGCAUUGGUUGCAAUCCACAAUGCGCGGCUCAAUCCAAUUCCCGACCCUAUCGUCAACAGGGUGACAAAUAGUUGGCUUCCUUGUGUGGAUUGGUUCCUCUUAAUCACAACUGCACCACACUCAGGACAGUACUUAAACAAUUUAAAUAGCUCUUGUUUAAAUACAAUGUAUUUGGUAUCAUCCUGUGGCUUUUCGCAUUUUGUUUCCCCUUGGUGUUCGUUGUCUGAUCCUGACAAGUUCGAAUCAUCUGAAUCUUCCUGUUUUGUGGGAAGGUAGAUGCCAUCUUUUCUUGGAGAGACUUCUGGGGAAGCAGCAGCUUCAGUUGCUUCUCCCUUGUUAUCUUCAAUUUCAGGAAGGAAUACCUCUUCAGUCUGGGUGCUGCUUUCUGAAACAUCAACCUCGACUUGGGUGUCAGUAGAUUUCAUCAUUAAAUGAAGACCACGAAGAUUGACUUGGAUCCCAAAAUCCACACCCUUGUUUGGCAAAUUCACCUGCACUGCUUGUGACUCAACCAACGUGCUUUUAGGCCCUAAAUCAUGUGGGAAUGGAUAUGAUGGGCUGUCUGAGGUUGAUGUACUUGCUCCACAAUUCACUACAUCAACAGGUGCAGGCUGUUCUAAAGCUGAAGCUGCAUGUUCUUCGAUUCCACAACUAGGUUGUGCAGUGAUAGAGGCUAUAUACUAUAACAGAAAAAAUAUUAACUCUGUUAUGGUAUGGGUUAGUGACCCUUUGAGAGAAUGAAAAAUGUGGGUAUGAGGGAUAAACUAUGCUACUAUAUGGUUACACAAUGAUUCAAUGGGAUUUUCUUGGAAAAUAUAACACCUGACCCUGCCCUCCUUUGGUUGAAAGCCUGCACUGGUUUUAACUUAGAAUUUCCAGUUGUAUUAAGUUUUUAUUCACAUAGAGGUAAAGAAGGUUAAAAGAAUUCAUUAUUUAAAGAAUAAUAUCCACAACUUACAUAUAGUCUAUUUGUACUAAUUUUAUUCA